AACAACACACGGGAAAUCGGAAGGGAAAAUCAGCUGGAAUCCACGGAAAUCCUCGACGGGACUAUAUUUCUUUACUUAGCUAGCAAUUUAUUGUCAGCUGCUGUUUUUCGCUCCCAUCGGUUUGCUGUUAAACCGCCACCUUGGCGAUGUCGGAGUCCUACGAUUUCCUCUUUAAAUUCCUGGUGAUUGGGAAUGCUGGGACAGGCAAAUCCUGUCUGCUGCACCAGUUCAUAGAGAAGAGAUUUAAGGAUGAAUCUAACCACACGAUUGGUGUGGAGUUUGGCUCAAAGAUCAUCAGUGUCGUCAACAAAACGGUCAAACUGCAGAUCUGGGACACCGCAGGACAAGAACGCUUCAGGUCUGUGACCAGAAGUUAUUACAGAGGAGCCGCAGGAGCGCUGCUCGUCUACGACAUCACCAGUCGGGAAACGUACAACGCUUUGACCACGUGGCUGAGCGACGCCAGGAUGCUGGCCAGUCAAAACAUCGUCAUCAUCCUCUGCGGGAACAAGAAGGACCUGGACGCCGACAGAGAGGUCACGUUCCUGGAGGCGUCGCGGUUCGCUCAGGAAAACGAGCUGAUGUUCCUGGAGACCAGCGCGCUAACGGGGGAGAACGUCGAAGAGGCCUUCGUCCAGUGCGCUCGCAAAAUCCUCAACAAGAUCGAGUCCGGGGAGUUGGAUCCAGAGCGGAUGGGUUCAGGCAUCCAGUACGGCGACGCGGCGUUGCGACAGCUGCGCUCUCCGCGCCGCGCUCAGCCGCAGGGCUCCCAGGACUGUGGCUGCUAGUGGACUUCGUGCAAUUCACGACAUGAAGGUUUAUAAAGACCUGAAGAAGAAGAGCCAUGGAGAACCUAACAGUGUUGGGUUCAGGUUGCUGGCUGGUGACCCCUCCCAUGACCUUUGCACGGACCCUUCAGAGUCUUUAUUUUCAUUUCUGCAUGUGCAGAGAGCUGAGAAGUCCUCCUGGCCCUCUCCCCUCCCUCAGACCGGCCAUCUUCCCAGCAGUCUGCUGCUUUACUGGACCAAAAUGGCCCCCGACCAUCCCACCCAGGAUGCUAAACGUUUGCAUGAUUCUCUCCUCACGGUCACACUGUAUUCCCUCUGAUGCAGCCUGGACUCCACCUUUACUCCAUUUAACAUGACUAAACAAGAUUUGACUGGAUAAUUUGUUAGUAAAAUAGGUUGGUGUUUUGCUCCAGCUUGGAUGUGGAUGAAUUAAUGCAAACCAGACGACUUUAUCAUCGACUCUGUGGCAUGGAAACCAAACUUUAACCCCCCUGAACUACUGUUCUCUCUUUGUUUCCCUCUCUGGUUUAAACACUCCACUAAACGUUGCCCUCAUUAACACACCCUCAGCUAACACACCCUCCCUUCCUGCUGCCUUUCUUGCAUUAAUUCCCCUGAUUUCCCUUUUUUCGCUGUACAGAGUUUCUGUAAAUAGAGACCGACGCAUGUUCUCCCAGAUGGAGUGUUUUAUUAUAGCUGAUAUUCCAUCUGUGUUACAUUAGAAAUCAUAUUCAGCAUCAUUUUAUGCUCCACUGUAUAUUUAAAAACACUGGCUCCUCGUGCUCCGUGUGUGAAGGACGGGUCACCAUUUUAACGGCUGUGUAACACGUUUGUCCUGCAGCCAGUGAAGUGGCAGAUCUCUCACUAAUUGUUGCUUGUUUACAUGAAAGUCUGACUGAUGCUAACCAAUCACAGCUGCAGUCUGGAUCUUAUCUGUUGUGUGCUUUAUUUAUUUUAACCUUUUAAGGCUAACAUGUCACUUUGCUUCAGUUAUCAUCUUCCUAAGUAGCUUAAUUAAAGCCAUGAUAAGCGACAGAACUCUAAACUUUUCCAUCACGGUUCAAACUAGAGCAGCUUUUCAGAUCUAGUCUGUGAAAUACGACGGCGGCUUUCGCUGUUUCACGUCUGGAUGUCGUCAUUUUGUGUUUUGUUUGUUUUUGUCACCAGAUUCUUUCGUUUCCAUGUGUGUCUGUUUUGUCAUGAAUAUCAUAGAUUUUUAAUUUAUUAAUUUAUGAUAAUUGGCAUAUGUUUUUGAAAUAAAACAAAUACAUCACCGGACAUUUGUUUUUGGUUUUUUAUUUCUCUACGGCUUCCCUUCAGCUCUCAGUGAAGGAAACACUUCAGUAUUUAGAGUCAAAGAUUUAUUUAUUUGAAUCCUUCAUAUUCUAAUUUGAAAAUCAUCCAAAAGUUCAGUUUUGUCUAAUUUGAUUCAAAAAGUGAAAUUGGUAUAUUCUGAUAGAUUUAUGACAUACCCUGCUAUAUUUCAAGCAAUAAUGUUUGGUUAUUUUUAUGAUCAAAUCAUCACAAAUUAAAAACCUCCCACUAGAUCUCAGUGGGAGAUCCACAUUUUUUCCUUCCACUAAGCUUUCUAUAAAUAUCCUUGGAAACAGACAGUUUUUAGCAGCUCAGCCUCUUCAUGAAGCUGUCAGGCCAGCAGUUUUUCCUUAUUUCUGUGAGUCAUGACAUUUAAUUUUAGGAUUAAAAAAUGCUUUUUUUUAAUGGUUUUAUAUGAUAUUAAAAUUUUGCACAUAUUUUUGUAUAUUUUAGGUUUUCAUAAGCUGUAAGCAGAGGAUCCAAAAACUACUGAAGUAAGAGCAGAACUACUUUGACAUAUUUUACUGAAGUAAAAAGCAACCGUCUAAGAAAUUACUCAAGAAUAAAAAAGUAUUUGGUAAAAAGGUAACUCAAUUACUAACUGAUCAAAACAAUUCUUUAAUAGUUCAUAAUUACAUCAUUAGCUGGACCAGAAUAUUAAGCUAUUUUUAGUAUUUUACGGACCAAAAUGAAAAUAAUUCAUAUUAUUAACAUGAUUACAAA